CUACUCACUCAUCAGCGAGGAAAGCGGCUGUGCAUCUUAAAGCUGAUUAAAUAGUCUGUUUGUUUCUCUAAUGAAUGGAUAAACCACCUGACAUUGUGUGAGAAACGUUCUCUAUCAGGUCUGUAGGUUAUCAUAUUCGAUGGUAAUUUGAUAUAGCACUGAUGUUCCUCUUUUCCUCUUUUCGCAGCCACAGUAAUGGGGGACAACAUACCCUAAUGUAGGAUCGUGUCUUCUGGACCUGUCUGACCCUAUAGUUUUGGACAUUAUUCAAUUUCAAGUGGCCGAACGUCUUGAAUGAGAAUGAAUAAAGGGGGCCCUCGGUCGACCACAUCGCUUCCACCGGAGCCGGUGGAAAUCAUCCGUAGCAAGUCGCACUCCCGUCGGGUGACACUCAAUGUUGGUGGUCUUCUCCACGAAGUUCUAUGGAGAACGCUGGACAGGUUGCCCCGAACAAGGCUGGGCAAGCUACGAGACUGUAACACCCACGAGUCUCUCAUGGAGAUAUGCGAUGACUACAGUUUGGAUGAUAAUGAGUAUUUUUUCGACAGACACCCUGGGGCUUUCACGUCCAUUCUGAAUUUCUCCCGCACGGGAAAGUUGCACAUGAUGGAGGAGAUGUGUGCUCUGUCGUUCAGUCAGGAGCUGGACUACUGGGGUAUAGAUGAGAUCUACCUGGAGUCCUGCUGCCAGGCCAGGUACCACCAGAAGAAGGAACAGAUGAAUGAGGAGCUCAAACGAGAGGCUGAGUCUAUGAAGACCAGGGAAGGCGAGGAUUUUGAUACCACAUGUUGUUUUGAGAAGCAAAAGAAACUUUGGGAUCUCCUGGAGAAGCCUAGUUCAUCGUUAGCUGCUAAGGUCCUGGCCAUCAUCUCCAUCCUCUUUAUCGUGCUGUCAACUAUUGCCUUGUCUCUGAACACCCUCCCGGAGCUGCAGGACAUAGACGAGUUUGGCCAGGUGACAGACAACCCUCAGCUGGCUCACGUGGAGGCGGUGUGCAUCGCCUGGUUCACAAUGGAGUAUUUGCUCCGCUUCAUCUCCUCGCCAAGCAAGUGGAAGUUCUUCAAGGGUCCGCUGAACAUCAUUGACCUGCUGGCCAUCCUGCCCUACUACGUCACCAUCUUCCUGACUGAGUCCAAUAAGAGUGUUCUACAGUUCCAGAACGUCCGGAGGGUGGUGCAGAUCUUCCGAAUAAUGCGUAUUCUGCGUAUUCUGAAGCUAGCCAGGCAUUCCACAGGGCUCCAGUCUCUGGGCUUCACCCUGAGGAGGAGUUACAACGAGCUGGGCCUGCUCAUCCUCUUCUUGGCCAUGGGCAUCAUGAUCUUCUCCAGUCUCGUCUUCUUCGCUGAGAAGGACGAAGAGGACACUAAGUUUAAAAGCAUCCCGGCCUCCUUCUGGUGGGCCACCAUUACUAUGACUACGGUGGGGUAUGGCGACAUAUACCCAAAGACUUUAUUGGGCAAGAUUAUUGGGGGUCUGUGCUGCAUAGCUGGAGUGUUGGUGAUAGCCUUGCCCAUCCCCAUCAUCGUCAACAACUUCUCAGAGUUCUACAAGGAGCAGAAGAGGCAAGAAAAGGCCAUCAAGAGGCGGGAGGCCCUGGAGAAAGCCAAGAGAAACGGCAGCAUCGUCUCCAUGAACAUGAAGGAGGCGUUCGCACGUAGCGUCGAGCUCAUGGACGUAGUGGUAGAAAAUAAUGGAGAGAACAUGGGGAAGUUGCAGGGCAACCACCAGUCUCCCAGCUACAGGAAAGGGACUCCCAAGCGGACUACCUCAGAGACGGUUUCCGCCAAGUCCCUGGAGCCCAGCUCACCAGACAAAGCCCCUCCUGGAAGCCCUCAGCACCUCAAUGCUCAGAAACUGGAGGAGAUGUACAACAAGAUGGCGAAGACCCAAUCUCAACCUAACCUUAACAACAACGACAAGAGACCUUUAUCUAAAGCAGCCAAGAAGAGAGAUGAGAUAGAGAUGGGAAUCAUCCCCACGGAGCCUGCCCCAACCACAGAUAUGAGGAGCAUGUCCAGUAUUGACAGCUUCAUGAGCUGCACUGCCGACUUCAACGAAAGGGCCCGCUUCUCCCACAGCCCCAGCACCAGUGUACCAGGGAGGGUUAGCGCCAACCCCGUGCUUGAGAUCACCCUGGAGGAUGAGGCCAUGGACGGCCCUCACACUGCUACCAAGCUCCCUGGAGGACGAGGCUCUAAGUGCUGCCUCCCUGACAGCCCCUGUGGAAUGCGCUUCAGUAACCCUCUCAAGAACCGCUCACUCAAGGUCAACUUCAAAGGUGGAGGCGCGGACCCCUCCUCCUCCUUCUCAGCACAGGGUCCAGGGGGUGGGGCCCUCUCAGAUAGCUCCGCCCUCUCUGACCACUCCUUCAUGAGUCCUGAGGUGUCUGUCUACACCACCGCCAGCAGCAGGACCCCACCCCAUGAGACCCUGAUCCCCACAGUCUUCACAUUCCACGACGCUUCCAUUAGUAAGUUCAUCGACGCUGACACAGACGAGGAGGAGCACCUCCAUGAUGGCUCAGGCACCAACCCCUCCCAGAGGCUCCUGGGAAAAGCCAGCCCCAAGCUCAGCUCCCAUAGCAGCCACCACAUUGCAGCCAACCACCUGGAGGGCUCCCAGAGGAUGCUGGCUAAUAGUGUGUUCCCCUUGGAGGGCAGGCCAGGGGGGGGACAGGAGAACCAUGUGCUCUCCCGGGUAGAGAGGAGUUGUUCAAACACCAAUAAUGAGAGCAAGUGAGGCAGGAGGAGGGAAAAGGUAGUAUAGAGAGCACCCAAACAGGAGGACAUGGUGCAAAUACUACAGAGAAAUAAAAGAAAACAUGAACUCUAACCCAUACCAGGAGCUGCACCUCUACUCACUUGAGUAAAAGGCACUGAAAACACAUUUGGCGUUUUGUUUUGGUUUGUAACAAAUGCCCAAUAAGUAGAACUUUUGGGACACAGGAAGGAGCUCACUCUUCCUUCCUUUUCCUGCUACUUGAGUGCAUAGACUGUCAGGAUGGCAGCAAAAUUACUGAAGGCAUUGGGAGAUGCUAUUGUGGGACUGAGAAAGAGAGGGUGCAUUGCUGUGUCCAAAGGGAAUACACAUAACUCUGCAGAAUCAGGUCAUGCACUGUAGAUUUAGCCAUUACUGAAUCAACAUUGUGUUAAGAGAAAUUUAGUUUGUUUUCUUCCUCAAACCUGGCCUUAGUUACAGUAUAUGCGACUGUGUGUAUGCAUAGCAUGUGUGCGUGUGCUUGUAUGUCUGUGAGUGUAUGUUUAUGCAUGAUGAUAGGCAGAUAAACAUACACACACAGGCAUACAUCAUUUUAUGUAUAUUAUUUUUCCGUUCUUUUCUGUUAUUUUGUGAUGCUGUCUAAGAGUUGAACUUUCAUCCCUGUUGUAAUGGUCAGCCAUUACAGAGGACACAGCCACUGUCAUAUCCUGUCUGUUUCCCCAUUCCCAUCAUGCCCUAUUCCUGGCAUGAGAUAGUGAAAAAUGUGAUGAGUGAUAAAUAUUUUAA